GUGGAUGUAGGCAGGCAAGGUAGUAAGUAAAAGUGGUUUUGAUAUCAUAACUUUUUAUACCUUGGUUGUUGAAGAUGUCGUCGACGGUUGGAAAGUCUCGUCUCGCCUUCUCGCGAACAUGGCACUACGUUGACGUCGGCAGUGACCCUCGCAGUCUCGGUCGCGUCGCCUCCUCCAUUGCCCUUACUCUCAUGGGCAAGAACAAGCCCAUCUAUGACCCCUCUACUGACUGCGGCGACUAUGUCGUGGCUGUCGGCUGUCACGAUCUCCGCGUCACCGGCAAGAAACGUCAACAGAAGAAGUACUACACCCACAACACCCGGCCCGGUAGUCUGCGGAGCAUGACUAUGGAUAAGAUGUUUGAGAAAUGGGGUGGUGGUGAGGUUCUCCGGAGGGCGGUUAGAGGCAUGUUGCCUAAGAAUCGGCUGAGGGAUAAGCGGUUGGCGAGGUUGAAGACUUUCGAGGGUCUCGCUCACCCCUACAAGGAAAACAUCGUCAAGAUCAACGGUCAGUCGGUCAUUGGAAACCUCCCCGAGGUUAAGGAGGCGUUCAAGGAGGCCGCGGUGGCUAAGACGGAAACGUCGGCUUAAGUGUCUCGUUGUCUACUGUCUAUUGACUGAUACCAUGCGGUGUAUUACUGUACUUUUACCUAUCAUUGAUAUUGUCGUUGUCAUGUAUAACUUGCUAGCGCAUGGGUGGGAG